CGCCCAGCUGUCAAAAAGGGAGCGGACCGCGCCGGGAUCGGAGGCUUCCCUGCCGCUCGUGUGGACGCAAAGCCAAGCGGAGUGGGGACCAGGCAGCGGGAAGGGUUUAGCCCUCCUUCUCCUACAUCACCCACUCUUGAUGGGACAAAACUUUGCAAUGCAAAAAAGAAGUAAAACACUCCAGCUGGGCGAAUAUCAGACCAUUACAGCCGAGGAUGAGAAGGAUGGGGAAGAAAAAGAAGAACGCAAAGAGGAUAUUAUGGAGAAGUACAACAAGAAACUCAAAGCUAUUUGCGGCCUGGCUGACUUAAGAAAUGUUACACAGUCCACAUUUUCCCUGAUGUUUUCAGGAGCUGUUGGCUUGUACAAUAUUGGAUUAAACUGCUGCCUCAAUUCCUUGCUGCAAGUUUUCUUCAUGAACAGAUUCUUCACUAUGAUUCUGCGGAGGAUUAAAGUGCCCUUUGAUGUUGAUGAACAGAAAGCAAGUGUUCCUUACCAGAUGCUUCUUCUCUUGGAGCAGAUGCAGCAGAGCAAACAGAAGUCUGUACAUCCCAUGAAUCUCGUCCAGUGCCUCUCAAAACACGAUGUGAAAUUGUUUGUUCUUUAUGAUGCUGCUGAACUUUUCCUGAUCCUAUGGAAUCUAAUUAAGGACCAAAUCACAAGCACAGAUUUGGCUGAAAGACUCACUCAUCAGUACACUAUUCGACUGAAGGAACAUCUAACAUGCCAGGAGUGUUCGUGUGAAACAAAGAAGGACAGCAACCUGAUAAUGCUUCCUCUCCACUUGUCUGAUUCUGAUUCUCAUGCAUUUAAGAAGUUGGAAGAUGCAUUGCACUAUUUUUUUGCAUCAGAACAAAUGAUGGAAGAAAGUGCAUUUUGCUGUGAGCAAUGUAACCGGAAAGCACCAAGAUUACGGGGUGUGAAAGUCACAUAUCUGCCACAGACACUCACCCUUCACCUGAAACGGUUCACCUCCAAUGAAAGACAUCGAACUCGGAAAAUCUACAAUUCCUUAUCCUUCCCACAAAGUUUGGAUUUCAGCCAGAUUUUGACCCCAGAACAGUAUUGUCCGGAUAUCCAGGAAAAGGAUGAUGGGCUGUAUGAUCUUUUUGCUGUUGUUGCACAUUCGGGAUCGGCUGACUUUGGUCAUUAUUGUGCCUAUGUUUGGAGCCUCACAGAACACAAAUGGUAUUGUUUCAAUGAUUCCAGUGUCUGUCAGGUAUUCUGGGAUGAUAUCAAAUGUACCUAUGGAAGAGCAUCUCUCCGUUGGGGAGAAACAGCCUAUCUCUUGGUUUACAUGAAAAAGAAUUGCAAGGCGCUCUGGUCAGAUUUAUGAACAUUAUGAGCGACUGGAGAGAGGUCCUAAUAAUGAGCAGAAUAAUGACAUUUUCUAUGUUAUCAAUGAAAAAUCAAAUCCCCAAAAGUCAAAAUUGCAAAUGUGGAGAGAUGACUGUAUGUGAAAUCAGCCCUAUUAUGAUAUCUGCUCAACUCAUAUGAACACUAUGAACUAUUCGGUUUGUACAUUUUUGUUGCAGGCACUCACACAUGAUCAGUGAGUGUUUAGCCAGGACCAGUUUGUGAAACUCUGUUUUAUAGGAAUUUUGUUUAAAAUCAAAACUGAUCUCAGACAUGCUGCAUCACAUAAUUCUUUUCACAACUUGCUUUGAAGUUUUUAUGUUUUAUGAAAGAAUGAUGUCUGACACAACAUCUAUUUUGUUUUGUUUUUUAAUUCAGCACAAAAAAGAUACAUUAAAAACAGCAACAAUACUGAACAUUUUUUGAAUCAUCUGGUGUGAUGGUAACCAGUGUUGCAUAGGAUCUUUGCUGGUAUAUUUUUUCUUUCCAUUUCAAUUUAUAAAUGUGUAGAAUCCAGUCUUGGGUAUCUGUCCCUAUGUAACAUGCUCUGACAUUGUUAUUUAUGUGGAGUAGCUGACAUUGUUAAUUAAUAUAUAUUCUAUGUAAUGUAUACUGAUUAUACAGUGAUUUAAGUUAUUGUGAAGCAGGCAUACUAUUAUUAUAUUACUUUGUUGACCUUGACAUUGUUGUUACUAUUGCCCUGGACUCAUAGCAAAACAAAAUGCCACAAACAUUUGUGCAACUCAACACAUUGUCCAGAACUCUUCAGCAGAGAUGGCAUGCUUAUCAAAUAACCUUAUUAUAUACUUUUUGUUUGUUGAAUUUUAUAUCCCACCUUUCCAUCAAUAAGUUCAAGAAUGGAGAUAUAGAUCUCUUCCUUUCCACGUGAUCUUCACAAUAACAUUUUGGAGUGGAUCAUGCUUAGGGAAAUGAUUGUCCAAAAGAUUUUCUUGGCCAUGUUGGAAUCUUGGUCUUCAAAGCCCUAGUCCAACAUAUACUAUCCUGUUCUAAAUGUAUUUUCUUUAUAGGAGUCAACAUGAUGUAGCGAAUCCCUCACAUUUCAUGAGAUAAGAGAAUGUUUGACCUGUUGGAGGCAAGCCUUCAGAUUACUCAGAUACUUUAGGCAUGGGUGCUAAAUUAAAAUAAACAGAAAACCAGUAUGUUGUUGUCCCAGUGUCAGUUUACUGGCUUCGUUGUUGAGCAUCACAGUGGUGGCCAUGGCUUGGAGGCAGACUGGCCAUUCCCAGACUGCUGGAGUCAAACUGCUUGGAGAAGUAAGCUACCAGCUCAUACAAUGACACUAUAAACCAUCAUGUCUAUGCAUUUUUGUUGCAGUCACUCACACAUGACAGAUGAGCCAAAAAAAUGUUUGUGAAAUUGUGUUUUUGUGUGGAUUCCCCUCCCCCCAAAGGUUGACAGCUUGAUCUUGCAGAAAGUUAUCUACCUUUAAGUAGAAACAUAUUCAUAGAAGACGAUGCAAGCAAUUCAAUUCACAGGCUUGCAAAAUGCGGGCCAUAAAAACUUUUUAAAAGAAUGUUUGCUAGUUUUAUAGGAAUUUGGUGUUCUAAACCCAAAAACUGACCUCAGACAUUUUUUUUUCAUGUCAGGAGCAACUUGAGAAACUGCAAGUUGCUUCUGGAGUGAGAGAAUUGGCCAUCUGCAAGGACAUUGCCCAGGGGACGCACGGAUGUUUUGAUGUUUUUACCAUCCUUGUGGGAGGCUUUUCUCAUGUCCCCACAUGGAGCUGAUAGAGGGAGCUCAUCUGCGUUCUCUCCAGGUUGGAUUCGAACCUGGCAGCCUUUGGGUCAGCAACCCAACCUUCAAGUCACAAGGCUUUAACCCACUGCACCACCGGGGCCUCCUCAGAGAUGACAUUCUGUAACUAAAAAUACAUUUCAAACAGCUACAAUAUUGAAAGCUUACAAACAUUUGAUGGGAUGGUGAUCAAUGUUUGUUUACCAAUAUGUAGUAACAGUUGCUUAGGAUCUCUGUUAGUAUAUUUAUUAGUUUUCUUUUCAUUUCAAUUUAUAAAUGUGCAGAAUACAAUAUCGAGUAUCUAUUCCUAUGUAUAAUAAGCUGACAUAAUAAACUGACAUUGUUUUUAUGUAAAGCAGAUGAUAUUGUUAAUUAAAACAUUUUAAAUAAUGAUUUAAGUUACUGUGAA